AUGCCUGACUUAUGGAAAUUCGCUUUCAACUUAAAGAAUAUGGGAUCGUAUAAAUUCUCUGUUACGUUCCCAGAUCCGUUGAUUGCUAAUAGAUUUGUUACCCGCAUGACAAAAGUUGGUAAGAGUAAUAGCCAACCAAAUGCUGCACUAUAUAUGGGGAAAAAGAUUAGAUUUUCACCGUACAUUCAAAAAGUAAAAAGGUGCUACAACUGUCAGCGUUUCGGCCACUUGAUUGCUCAAUGCAGGGGUGGAGAACAAGGCAGAUUCUGUGCAUCAAAAGACCACAACAUUGGAGAUUGUAAAGAGAACAAAAAUGCUUGCAUUAAUUGCAUUCGACAUAAGAUGUCAUCAUUUAAUCAUAAGGCUAAUGACCCAAAAUGUCCUAUUUUUAUAGAAUGCAGACAACUGAAAGUAAUAAUGGCCAAACUAGGGCUAGGUCCUAGUGAUGCUUUGAACUUCUAUAAACAAAACACCUUCCAGACUUUAUGUCUGACGAAAACAUGGUUAAAGGACUUAGAUUCAGUCAACAUAGGUAACUAUAGACUGAUCACUCAUAAUAGAAACUCCACUGGUGGAGGAUUAGCCAUCGCAUGUCGCAAUGGUUCUGAUACAAGUGCUUGGGAGGAUAUUUUUCAUUGCUUUGAUAACUUUGAUAAUGUUAUUAUUAUUGGUGAUUUAAAUUGUAAACACCCGAUAUGGUGUAGGGCUACUUUGCAUCCUAAUCUCAAUGGAACAAAUCUUUCAGAAGCCAUUUCGAACUCCAUCUUUGGAAUUUGUAAUAAUGGUUAUCCAACCUGGCAUUCUGCUGACCUUGCCAAGUUUAGUGCUGUUGACCUCACACUUGUAUCUCCAUUAUUUAUGAAUAACUUAGGAUGGGAGAAUUUGCCUAAUUCCUAUGGCAGUAAUCAUUAUCCCAUUAUUAUUAACUUUUCCAAUAUUUCACCUAGUAAAUAUUUUUGCAGACCUCACUACUCUCUCUCAAAAGUCGACUGGAAUAAGUUCAACAACCAUAUGAACUCUUCACCUAAACGGAAAACCCUCCUUCACUUGGAAAGAUACCCGGAACCAGCUACUGCAUAUGAAGACUUUACACAGCUUGUUGAUGACUCUUUGCAAUCUGCUGGAGCUCGAGUUAAGAAAUCAGUUGGCUUCUCUCGAAGACCUCCUUCUCCAUGGUGGGAUGAAAAUUGUACCGAGAUUAUUAAACCCAAGAUUGCUGCUUAUCACGAGUUUAAAAAAACACCCUUCUAGUGAGAAUUUGGAAAUACAAUGAUAUUUGUAAGGUAGGGGAAUUUUGUUCUUCACUAAAUAAGGAUUCGGAUGUUAAAAAUGUUUGGAAUACGGUAUCGGUUUUUAAGAAAAAGAAACACCUUUCGAACAUAAAUGUCGAAUCAUCUGAGGAUAGUUUGAUUAUAGCUAUGGAUACCUUUAACAAAGCUGUUUCAGAUAGUUUACCUAAUAUUGUAACACCCUCUUUCUCAAGAGAUAAUAGUAAAGUCAAUAAUAUAUCAUG